UAACUUUGUAGUAAGAUGAGGGCGCCACUGUCAUUCACAACACCAUCUUUCUUUUUGACGUUUGAUAUUUUUCUCUCUCUUCUUUUGUACAGCCUUAUUUAGGUGCAAAUAAACAAUGGGUCGCUACGCUCGUGAGCCCGAUACAGUCGCCAAGUCCUGCAAGGCGCGCGGCUCCAAUCUCCGGGUGCAUUUCAAGAACACCUGCGAGACCGCGAAUGCAAUUAGGAAAAUGCCGCUGAAGCGUGCCGUUGCAUACCUGAAGAACGUCGGAGAGCAGAAAGAGUGCGUCCCGUUCCGUAGGUUCAACGGUGGUGUUGGCCGUUGCGCGCAAGCCAAACAGUUCAAGACCACACAGGGACGUUGGCCGAAAAAGUCCGCCGAAUUCCUUCUGCAGUUGUUAAGGAAUGCUGAGAGCAACGCUGACUACAGUGGACUGGAUGUUGAUAGGCUUAUUGUUGAACACAUUCAGGUGAAUCGCGCUGCGUGUUUGAGACGUCGCACAUACCGUGCCCACGGUAGAAUCAACCCAUACAUGUCGUCCCCAUGCCACAUUGAACUGUGGCUCGCCGAGGGUGAGAGCGCGCCGGAGGCGCAAAAGGGUAAAAAAGCAACCGGUGACAAGAAGAAGUCAAAGGUUGCCGCUACCGCCGCUGCUCAUUAAGAAAAACAAGCGUUUCUAUAUUUAAGAGAUCAAUAAAAAACGAAAACUUUAA